AAAGGUUCAUAGCCAUGAAAUCUGUGAUUCUGGUACUUUUUCUCUGUGAUUUUUCUGUCACUUCAUCAGAGGUGCACAAUGAUUAUAAUGUAAAGCAAGUGACACCACAUAAAGACAAUAUGGAGAUCAAUGAACUCCUGGAAAAAGCUGAAAACAUGGGGAAGAAAACUGAUCAACAGCUUGCUGUACUGGAAAAACUUUCUGAAAAGGCUGACCAGCUUCAGGAAAUUUUAUCCUCAAUGAAGGAGAAGGAGAGUGUAAGGAGUGAAGUUGCACAACAGCUCAUUUCCAGGAUUGAAUUCUUGGAGAGCAUCAACAGUCCCAAGUUGCCAAAGACAUGCCAUGACUUGCAUGGAAAGGGUGUCAGGGAUUCUGGAAGGUACAAGAUUGAUCCUGAUGGCCCUUUUGGAGAUCAUCAUCCUGUUUCUGUCUUUUGUGACAUGGAUGAAGAUGGAGGUUUUACUGUGGUUGGGCAUGAUGCAGAAAUUCCCCUUCCAAUCCAAUCCUGCAACACCCCUGACUGCUACUCAAAGACUGUCAACUAUGAGAUUCAUCCAGAUCAAAUAUCUGCUCUUGCUGAUUUGUCAGAACAUUGUCAACAAGAAGUCACUUUCCAUGUCCAGAGUAAAACAAAUGGCACCUUUGUGGCAGUGCCUUUUGAAAACCAAACUUCACAGUGGUGGGCAAAUCCUACUCCAGGAAACACCUCAAAUGCUUGGUUUCUUCCACAAAGUCAUCACACACAGAGUUUGACUGAAAGGGAGCUGCUUCCUUUGACUAAAUUAUUCUUUGGAGGCAUUCAAGAGGACUCUGACAUCCAUGUGUCUCACUCCAUUAGUCCAUUGAGGUGCAGAGGCAGAAGACAAGCCUCUCAUCCAGCAAUAGAAUUUCAAAACUGUGAGGACUUAUACAGGGCUGGUGUGCACAUCAAUGGGUAUCACUGGAUCAAACAUGACAAGAAGUGGGUUCCAAACUUUGAAAACUUCAAAACUGAUGUCAACUCUGGCUUCAAUUUGAAACUUGGAGAGUUCAAGGUCACAAUACCUGGUUACUACCACUUUCACAUGCAGUUUUUGGGGGCGCCAGUUUUUGAUGUCAGGGGCUCAGAAAUAUACCUCAUCAAGAACUACAAUAGUGUAAAUGGAGCUAUUGCUACUGCUCAGCCAAACAGCAUUGGACUGACAUCUGCUAUCCUCAAGCUUCAAGAAGGAGAUAGGACCCCUGAUGGUGAUGGAAAAUUGAGUUUGCUUCUUCAACAAGUGGAACAAAUAGAAACAAAAGGACUUCUUCAGGAUGUUUACAUUCAAGAACUGGAGCUGAACAGGUCUGAAAUAGUUGACUCAUUGUUAGAAGUGAAGGACUUGCAGGAUGAGAACAUUUUGGAUGAUUUGAAGACAAGGUUGGAGUACCUGGAGGUCAUCACCAAAGACACAGUGCCAAAAACAUGCCAUGACCUGUUCUCCCUUGGGGUUAGGGAGUCAGGGAAGCACACCAUUGACCCUGAUGGCCAUUCAGGUCUGCAUGACCCAAUUGAGGUCUUCUGUGACAUGGAAAAUGAAGGAGAAACAUUCAUCCCACACAUGGGAGUUGAGUUGGAUGAACUACAAUUUGAACCUGACACAGAAGGUGACUAUCACUCCAGUAAACUCAACUAUAAUGUUCCUCAUGGACAGAUUGAAGCUUUGUCCAAGUUGUCUGAAGGUUGCCAUCAAGAAGUGACAGUCACAUAUGUGUUUAAAAGGCAAUACUGUGACAUGAGCAAAGAAGUGAACAAAAGGGCUACCCCUGUCAAAGCUGGACCAGCCAUGGCUUCAAGUCCAGUCCACUUCCACGUCUAUAGAAGACAUCCUUUCAGCCUGAGAUCUGAAAGGGUGGCGUUUGAUGGGGUGCUAACAAGUGUUGGUGGAGGCAUGGAUCUGAAGACUGGAAUCUUCCAUGCACCAGUUGGUGGGGUUUAUUCUUUCCAUUUCCAGUACAUCCAUGCUUCACCAGACACAGGAAGAGGGACAGAUAUUUAUCUCAUAAAGAAUUACAACAGUGUUAAUGGAGCCAUUUCUAGUGGGUACCCCAACAGUCUUGGAGUGACUACUGCAGUGCUGAAACUGGUCCCUGGGGACAAGAUCUACUUGAGACUGUUUCAUGGAGGAGCUUACAGCAACAAGCAUGGGUUGACAUUCUUUUCUGGGUCUUUGCUUGAUCCUAUGUCGGUGGGAGACAUUGGAUCAUUCGGUGACGCGAAAAUCGCCUGUUUCUUUUCGAGCCUGGAUCGAGGGGAUAAAAAAGGAAUAUGA